AAACUGGAUAAAACUAACGACGACUGCCAACAACAAAAAUCGGCUAAAGCCAAAAAAAACACCACCAUCAGUGCAACUACAAUAAGUUGCAGCAACAUCUUCAACUGCAGUAGCAACAGCAGCAGCAGCAACAGUAACGAUAGCAACGGUUAUACUAUCAGGGACGAAUUGAAAAGAACUUUAAGUUUUUAUAGUCUGGAAGCCAAGGAGCACAUAUAUAGGAAUAGUCAUAACUCCUUAAAGCUAGAGGGAAAGGGAGUUAAAUUAACUGAAUCCGAAGAGGAAAUCCUACAAGAGUCGUGUGCAAAUUGUUAUCCUUUAGCCUGCCACAAUAGAAUUUGUUGCCGACAACAGAAUUUGAUUGAGGGAGAAAUAAUCAACCAUACCAGCCAUUGCUUGGAAUCUCAGCCCAAGUAUUUCAACACCAACAGCUGCAGCAACAGCAUCUGCAACUGUGCCUGUGUCAGCAACAAUAGCAAGUGUUCUUGUCACUGUCUGGCAUCGUCGUAUUUCUGCCAGAAACACAAAAACACGUUACGCAAUGAAAUUUCUCGUGGUACACAGGGGGUGGUGGACUGCACCAAGGGAGCAGUGUACACGAAAGCCGAACCAUUGCCUAAAACCUAUUUUCCAAGGGGACAGUGUUUGCAAAGGGUACUGUCACACGCGAAAAUUGCCCUAACAUCGAAUACUCUCGAUUUGAAGAACGGCUUAGCCGAGGCUAUGGGAAAUUCUGUAAAAAUCGUGGAAUCAUUGCUUUCGCGUUCAAACACCAACACCACGCAGUGCCGGAAACAUUGCAUGGGCAACAAAACCAGCAACCAAAUCACCAACACACACAACCAUAAAGAUAACAAUAAUAAGUCUGAGCCAUAUAGGGGCUACUGUCAGCGCAAACAUCAUACCCUAAAGCCCGAUUUCAUCCCGUAUACUUCAACGAAUUCCUCCUGCUCUCUCCAUGAUGCCAUCAGCUCAAAACAAAUCAAACAGCAACAGCAACACCAACAACAAUACUCCAACAUCAAAAGCAACACUAUCAAUAAUAAAGUCACGUUGGGCAAAAGUUGCAACAAUUGCCAUAACGCUACGACGACAUCUACGCCAACCCAAACCGCAGCCUUCAAUUAUAUUGGUCACAAUUACUAUCACUUUCUGCGCAACUCGAUCAAUUUCUAUACCGCCUACACGGCCAGUGUCAUACUGGUGUUGUGCUACUUAACCACCACCACAUCCGCUGCCACGCCCAAAUCGGACGCAACAUCCUUAGACAAGCAUCCAAUUAAAGGCAUCGAUUGGUCGAAAUUCGAUGAGUCAAGUUCGGAUAAGGAAAUACUGGAUUUAUUAUUGGAGCAGAAACGUUACGACAAGCGGCUGUUACCGCCAGUUCACGAUGAAGACUUUUGCUGUGGAUUGUCGUCACCUGAUAUGGCAACAGAACAAAAUUCAAGGAGGCCACAUAAGCGCGGUACACUCAACGUUAAUGUGACGGUGCUGUUGCUGAGUUUGGCCUCUCCAGAUGAAAGUAGUCUGAAAUACGAAGUGGAAUUUCUAUUGAAUCAGUUCUGGGUGGAUCCUCGUCUGCAGUAUGGCAACAAGUCGCAUUACGACUUUCUAAAUGCAUUGCAUCAUCAUGACAGCAUCUGGACGCCGGACACAUAUUUUAGUAUGCACGGCGACUUUAAAGAUCCUAUUAUACCCAUGCACUUCGCUUUGCGAAUUUUCCGGAACGGGACCAUUAUGUACUCAAUGAGACGCCAUUUAAUCUUAUCAUGCCAGGGAAGCUUACAUAUAUUCCCCUUCGAUGAUCCCAAGUGUACAUUUUCCAUGGAAAGUAUAUCAUACGAAGAGCCGCAAAUAAGGUAUGUCUGGACGAACGGUGAGGUUACCCUGCUCAAGAGUCCAUCGUUGACCACCUUAAAUGCCUAUCUGAUAAAGAAUCAGACAACAGCCUGCGAGCAGCACAGUUGGAGGGGUAAUUACAGUUGUCUGCAAGUUGAUUUAACAUUUACACGCGAUCGUGCGUAUUAUUUUACAACCGUUUUCAUACCCGGCAUUAUAUUGGUGACCUCAUCCUUUAUCACAUUCUGGCUGGAAUGGAAUGCAGUGCCAGCCAGAGUUAUGAUCGGAGUGACUACAAUGCUGAAUUUCUUCACAACAUCAAACGGUUUCCGCAGCACACUUCCUGUCGUUUCUAAUCUCACCGCAAUGAAUGUCUGGGAUGGUGUCUGCAUGUGUUUCAUUUAUGCUUCACUCCUGGAGUUUGUCUGCGUCAAUUACAUGGGACGCAAGAGGCCGCAACACAAUGUGGUCUAUCGACCUGGAGAGAAUCCCGUCACACAGCGUCUUCCAGCGGUUCUAAGCAGGAUUGGAGUCAUUCUUGCAAGUCCUUUGGAAAUAGUCGAGCGGGAAUUCAACGCCGCCAUGUCGUCAGAAAAAGCAGCAGCAGGAAUAUCCAGCGCUGGAACUAGCAUGGUUACAACCCCAAGACCGGGAUCGCCGCAGACGGAGGCAAUGCCUCAUCUGAGUCUUCAAAGACAACAAUCGAGUGGUAUAAUAGCUUCAGCCGUUCAAAACCUAAGAGCACGAUCCGUCAAGCGUCGAAAUGUAAAAGAAAGAGAAUAUAAGGAUCCGGGAUGCCCCCUCGAGCAAGGUAAUGGUGUUUACGAACACAUAUAUGCGGAACCAGGGGGAGUGACAACCUUUGCAGCGGUCCCAAGCGUUAAAACCACCACCGUUACCAUUGAAACGGAUAUUGAUGAGGUGGUCGAACCACCAAAAUUAAAACGCUCAUACUCCAUGUCUACCAAUACCCCACCAUUGGUUUGUCGAGGAGCGGAAGUUAAAGAUGGCGGACUCCCUCAAACCGCAAAGACAUUUGAGGUAGGACAGGACAUUAAAGCUGCGCAGACGGCAACUCAAGUAGAAGCUGCUCAAAUGGCAAUGCCCAUUAAGCCCCCCCGCAGGAAAUCUUCGCGAUCUACAUCACCGAUCAAUCGCAUGGAUGAGGAAAAACGGGGACAAAUAGAAAGGCCUCCUGCUGGCGUCAUUGGUGAAAAGAAGCGUGACACCGGAGGACCCAAUGAGAUUGUGGCCUGUACCACAUGUGGUGGCAAUAGCGGCACUCCCUGCACGCAUUCGGCUAACAAUGGCUGUGCCACAGAGACUUGCUUUGUUCAGGUGCGCAAAAAAGAACCGCCACAUCCUAUACGUAUCGCAAAAACUAUUGAUGUGAUUGCUAGAAUUACAUUUCCGACAGCGUAUGCCAUUUUCUUAAUUUUCUUCUUUGUACACUAUAAAGGAUUUUCGUAAAAUCAACAGUAACAACAAAAACACCAACACCAACAACAUAAAACAGAAACAAAACAACUCCUCUAAACAACAAGCAAAAAAGACAAAAUCAAUUAUUAUAAACCCCGAAAAAAGCUGGCGAAUACCAAAAAGGUAUAAACACAAAGCAAACCAACAAAUGACGGGCGAUGAUGCAUGCGAUGGUUCUGCUGCCACCAAAAGCGAAAAGGAAAUACAUUCAAUUGCAGAUCACCGCCAUGGAAAUGGCCUAGGACAGAAAAAAAAACACAAGAACCAAAAAGAACAACAGCAAAAGCGACAAACAACUGAGAUUGGUAAUCCGAAGGAACAAAGUGGGAUUUAAAGCGACAACAAUGGACGAAAGUUCCACGAACCAUGCAAAUAAAUUCCAUUUUCGAUUGUGUAACGAGAUUUCGUGCAGUUAUUUAGUUGAACAAGCCACGCCAAAAUGGACAUCCAGGAAUAUUUAUAGCCAAGCAUUCAUCGACAUACCUUGACUACAGAUAUGAGUAAAUAAAAGACAGGAACUUCAGGGCAAUUAGCAAUUUCGCCAAAUUUUACUUCAAGCUCUUUUUGUGAGCGAAAGGCAAGCAAUAAAAUAUUGCAAAACAUCUUCUUAAGUUCUAACAGUUUAAUUAGAUGUCAGUCUCGGUGGUUUGCCUCAAUCCCAGUUAAGAUCAAUAUUUAUAAAUUAUAAAAGUUUAUGUGUGAUAGGAGACCCUGCUAUAGUCAUUAACUAAGUAUGCUUUAGCAUCGUUUAUAACAUAGGCUCCAGAAAGAGCAAAUUCACACCCAAACCACAAAUGAUAGGUAUAGCUUCAAAAAUAUCGAUUUUGUUUACCAAUAGCGGUUGCCACUAGUUCUCCCAUACAGUAAAAUAAAACCGUACAAAAAGGUUGAGUACACUUAACGGUGGCCUAGAAACAAAACUCAUCGAGAAAAAGUCCAUGUAUGAUUUUCAUAAAAUAUUUCGGCCAAAAAUAAUUUCAUUACAAUUUUGCCAAAAUACAGUAUUUCUUGGCAGUUUUUGAUUAAAUAGAGUUUAAAAAAAAAUUUGAUUUGAUUUCAAUAAAACCUAUGGUAUUUUAACUUUUUAGAAAGAUGUAUUCAAUUUUGUUUUUAAAAAUUUUUAUCUUC